UGUGCUCUACGAAAUUCUGAAAAUUUUUGCAAAAAAAAAUAUCAAAUAAAUCUUCAUUCCCAUUAAAAUAAUGCAAACAAUAUGAAACUUUACUAAAAAAAUACAUAUUCUUAAAUUAAGUGUGUCAUGGAAAUAAUAUAUUUUUCUAAUUGGAUAAACUCCUUAACCAGAUGCUCUUAUCUACAACGAUAAGUAGUUUUUUUUUGUCAUUUAUCAAAGUUAAUCAAAAUUUUCUUAUCAAAAAUUACAAUUUGAUAAAUUUUGCGUAGAAUAUAAUUAGCUGCUGUCGCAAUGAAUAUAAUUUAUUUAACAAUCAUUUGCCUAUCAAUGACAUUAUUUGUCAAUAGCACUGAUGUCAUCAAAAAUCUUGCUAGUCGAAUUCCCAUCAAUAGCAACAGCAACAGUGCUUUAGUUCGCAACGAAAAAACUCCACUAAAUACUAGAAACGUUCAAGCCCUUUGUCCGAAUGUAUUCCAUCAUAUAUUUAGUGGCUAUGUCCCGCGUGAUGGCACCGAAGCAGGAAACAUGACUGACUUAAAAUUUGACGGUGAAGUCAAUCUAUACAACUGUGUUUUGGCAUGUUGUGAGAAAAAGAAUCACACAUGCAAUGUUGCUUUUGUUUAUAAGCAAACAUGCUACCAUGUUAGAUGCAAUAGCAAUGCCGCUUGCUUGCCCAAAGAAAGAGGCGAUGCCAAAGGCCCUCUUGAGAUGGUUUUGGUCAAUCCCGUUGUCACUCAACCUGGUGACGAGGAUAUAACCUGGAUGGAUGUUCUAAAAGCUGAAAAGCUUAGCGAACUCAUUCCAGAAGAGGAAGCUACACCCACAGCUACAAAUCCUCUCAAUUUCUGGAAACAAUCGAGCAAGUUUCGAUAUGACUCACCUUCGGCCGUGUAUGAAGAUGAAUACAUGCCGAUGGAGGAGAAGAGAGUCAAACAGCUCUUUAUGAAUCGAAAGAAUGAUAUUUAUGGCAACUCUGCUAUGGAUGAAGAUGCUGACGAUGAAAUGCUUUUCUAUAGUGGAUCUGCCAAGUAUAUUCCAUGCGAUCCCACUAUGGACGGGGGAUGCCCGGAAAAAGAAGUCUGUGUUGGCAUUCGAUCUGGGGAGCGAAAGGGAAUCUGCAAGUGUAUUCUUGGAUAUGCCAGGAAUCGCCUUAGAGAAUGUGUCCUGAGAGACAUUGACUUUGGAGGCGAUAAAAUUGUUGAGAAAAUCUUUCAAAGUGAAGGACCUAGGCAUAUUUCUUUAUUAGAAUCAAUGCCAGUUACUGAAAGGCAAAUGGAUGAAAAUGGUGCUGCUGCGGCAGCUAGCAAGGAAGAGCAACAAACUAAAAUUGCUGUCUCGGUAAUGUCGAAGGAGGUAACCCUACCAGAAAAGGAGGUAACCCUGUCGGCUUAUACUGUCCCCGAUGAACAGUCAAGUGGAGUUCCAUACAAAUACUUGUGGACAUUGAUAACUCAGCCAAAAGGUCCAAUGAAUGGAACUAUAUCUGAUCAAACCAAGUCCAAGGUGAAACUAUCAAAUCUCUCCGAAGGUCUGUACACUUUUAAAGUCUCAGUGACGGGGAAUGGAACUUAUGGUGAUGCUAUGGCUAAUGUUACAGUUUUCCCAGAGAAGCGGAUAAAUCGUUUGCCACAAGUUGUAAUCUCUCCAUCAGAGCAGACUAUUAAAUGGCCAACGACAAAGGCGAUCCUGGAUGGCAGUGCAAGUACAGAUGAUGAUAAGAUCAUCGGGUGGCAUUGGGAGUUGAAAUCUGGACCGAUUGGUUAUGAACCAAGCCUUCCUGAGAUCAAUACACUUCAAUUGAGUGAUUUGACAUCUCCUGGAAACUAUACAUUUCAAUUGACUGUGACAGACUCGGAUAAUGCCAAGAAUUCGACAACAGCUAAUAUUACGGUCCUUAAAGUGACCGAUUAUCCACCGGAAGCGAAUGCUGGAAGUGCUGUAAUGGUCUAUUUGCCUCAUAAUAAUGUCACUUUAAAUGGAACUGCCAGUACUGAUGAUCGAGAGAUUGUUGCAUGGGAAUGGACUAAAGAUGCUAGUGAUGAAAGUAAAGCUGUUGACAUGCAGAACACACGAACGCCUUAUCUGCAAUUGUCCAAUUUGGAAGAAGGAAUGUAUACAUUUGUGUUGAAAGUCACAGAUGGUAGUAAUCAAUCGAGUACGGCAAAAGUGCCGGUAUUUGUGAAGCCACCUACGAAUACUCCUCCGGUGGCUGAAGCUGGAACGAAUUCUACAACUAAUUUACCAAAGAACUGGGCGGAACUUAAUGGAUCGCAAUCGAAAGAUGACAUUAAAAUCACAUCAUAUCGAUGGUCUCAGGUUUCGGGACCCAAAGAUGCGGUGAUAGUGAAAGGUAAUGAAUCUGUUGCCAAUGCGACGAGUCUAACUAUUGGACUCUAUGAAUUCCAAUUGACUGUUUCCGAUGAGAAUAACAACACAGCUAGUGACAGUACAUGGGUGAAGGUUGUUCAGGAGAAGAAUAGUGCUCCAGUAGCUAAUGCUGGAGGAGAUCAAAGUAUAACCUUGCCGGUAUCUGUGAUCUAUUUGAAUGGAUCGAAAUCGUAUGAUGAUUUGAAUGUGGUAAACUAUACCUGGACAAGAGACGAUAUGAGUCUAGCAGCUGGUAAUAUUGUUGGCAACACCAAUCAUGAAGCAGUUUUGAUGCUUACCGAUGUGGCACAUGGCAGGUAUGUCUUUAAAUUGACUGUUAAUGAUGAACAGGGUUUAACUGGCAGUGAUACGGUGAGUGUAAUUGUACGACCUGAUCCGAAGCUAUUGAAUCUAGUCGAACUAACAUUCUCCAUGGGAAUCUCUGUACUGACCCAAUCCGAAUUGGAUUCAAUGGUUCAAAAAAUAGCAUUACUUUUGGGAAAUGUUAAAAUCUAUGUCCGAAAGUUAAAAAUCGAUUCAAAGUCGGAUGAAGCGAUUUUGGUUUUCUAUGCUGAGGAACUACCACCAGCUGGAACCACAGACAUCAAAUCGACUCCGAUACCUGGACUCAGAGUCGAACAAAUAUUGAAAGAGAAAAUUUUACGUGAUUCAUCGAUUUUGGGAGCUGCAUUUGCUGAUGUUCGUACAACAGUUUGUCAGAAUAAAUGUUCUGGUCAUGGUUCUUGUAACACUGUCACUCGUUCCUGUAUGUGUGAAACUUUUUGGAUGCCUUCUGUGUUCUAUUUUUGGGGUGUAGAAGAAGCCAAUUGUGAUUGGUCGAUUUUGUAUGUCGUCGUUGCAGUUAUUGUUGGAUUUUUGCUAUUGUCUGGUCUAUUUUGGGGUAUUUCAUGUGCCUGUCGUACUACAUCUAAGAAACCCAGAUCACGUCCAAAAGUACAGAAAUACUCUCUGAUUGGAUCGCAAGAAGAGGAACUUCCUACUUCAUAUAGUCGUGCUACAUCGCUAACCGACUCGGAGACCGAUUCAGAUGUUGUUUUUGAGACACGUUCGAAGCCGAACGGUAUUUUACGGUCAAAUGGUGCACCACGAAAUAAUAAUCAUACUUCGAAAUAUGCAACAACCAAAAUUGGACGUAAAAUCAAGACAUAGAAUUUUUAAAUACCUACUCCAGCAGAAACAGAAAGAGAAGAAGAGAAGACAUUUGAGAAUAGAGUGAGCGAGCGAGUUGGGGAAAGAGAUUCCUCACAACAUUCCAGUUUUUGAAACGCGAUGUUCCUUUGUAAAGCCAAGUAAUGUGUAUGUGUGGAUGUUGCGACGAAAUUGUAGUCGUUUAUUUCAUUCAAUGAUUAGUUAUGUAUUUUUUUAAUUUAAUUUCAUCAGGGAAAGCACAAAGUAUAAGUAUUUUUUUUUAUUUAAGUUUUUUUUUUUGAAAAAAUAACUACCUAUACUAUUUAAGUUGGUAGUUUUUGCAUUCAUAGACCUCAGAAACAUUUUUGAUAUUGGAAAAUGUCUUAAUCUUUAAAGAAGCAGAAGACUUCUUGUAUAC